AUGGUCGUUUCCACCUGGCUGAUGGUGAGCAUCGUCCGCGCUCUGCUUGGAUACGAAGACUUCGACGAACCCAGCUACUCCGAAUACGUUUCUCCGCUUGAGUUCAUGGCUGUCGCCUUUUCCGGCAUCAAACAAAAGGUCUUUCUUGGAGCUCAAGCUCAAGAACGGAUCUUCCAAAAUGACGAGGCGGAGAAUAAUGAUGAUGAUGAUGAUCAACUGCACGAACUUUGA